AUGCUGCGCUAUCUGAUCAAGACCCUGCUGCAGAUGAACCUGUUCACCGACACCAUCCGACACCCGUCCAACGGCACCGAUCUCUUCUUCAACAUCUCCCUUCCACCCUUCAACAGCUCCCUGCUCGACUGGGGAAACUUCACCGGCUUCAACGGAUCUCGACCCAGGUUAGAAGAUGCUGCUCCUCGGAUCGUGGAACACCCGUCCGAUCUGAUCGUGUCCAAAGGCGAGCCGGCCACUCUGAACUGUAAGGCCGAGGGGCGCCCCACCCCCAUCGUGGAAUGGUACAAAGACGGCGAGCGGGUGGAGACGGACCGGGAGGACCCGCGCUCCCACCGGAUGCUCCUUCCCAGCGGCUCGCUCUUCUUCCUGAGGAUCGUACACGGCAGGAGAAGCAAACCCGACGAGGGCGUCUACGUGUGCGUCGCCCGCAACUACCUGGGGGAGGCGGUCAGUCGCAAUGCAUCGCUGGAGGUGGCACUUCUGAGAGAUGAUUUCCGUCAGACUCCCAGUGAUGUGGUAGUGGCAGCAGGUGAGCCAGCUGUCAUGGAGUGUAUCCCACCCAGAGGACAUCCAGAGCCCACCAUUUCUUGGAAGAGAAACAAUAUCCGGGUCAAUGACAGAGAUGAGAGGAUCACUAUCCGAGGAGGCAAAUUGAUGAUUUCCAACACCAGGAAAAGUGAUGCUGGCAUGUACGUGUGUGUCGGCACCAACAUGGUUGGAGAGAGAGACAGCGAUCCUGCUGAACUAGUAGUGUUUGAGAGGCCGGUGUUCACCAAACAGCCGGUGAACCAGGUGGUGUUGGCAGAUGAUACGGUGGACUUCUUCUGCGAGGUGCACGGGGACCCGACUCCGACUAUCCGCUGGCGGGCUGAGGAGGGAGAGUUGCCCAGGGGAAGGUUUGAGAUCCGCAGUGACAACAGUCUGCGUCUGACCCAGGUGAGAGCUGAGGAUGAGGGCACUUACACCUGUGUGUCAGAGAACAGCGUGGGUAAAGCUGAGGCGUCGGGCACCCUGCAAGUACACGUGCCCCCUGAGAUCGUGGUUCGGCCGCGGGACCAAAUCACAGCUCCUGGUCGGACCGUAACCUUCCUCUGCGGCACCAAAGGAAACCCUCCGCCUGCGGUCUUUUGGCAAAAAGAAGGAAGCAAGACCUUGCUGAUCCCCAUCCAGGAGCCCACUCAGUCAGGUCGCUUCUCUGUGUCUCUGAGCGGCGAGCUGACCAUCACUGACGUCCGACCAGAAGAUUCCGGCUAUUACUUCUGCCAGGCGCUCAGCGUGGCUGGAAGCAUACUGACUAAAGCCCUGCUGGAGGUGGAAAGUGCACCUUCAGACCGCGUCCCUCCAAUCAUCCGCCAGGGACCGGCCAAUCACACUUUAGCUCCAGGUUCCACCGCCCAGUUACACUGCCACAUCAUGGGCAACCCCAUCCCCAGCAUCCAGUGGGAGAAAGACGGCCAGAGGAUCCUGGGGAACGACGACCGGAUCAGCCUGAUGGAAAACGGCACUUUUCAAAUCACCAACCUCCAGGAAACGGACUCAGGGAUUUACACCUGCCUGGCUUCCAGCUCCAGCGGAGAGACGAGUUGGAGUGGAGCUCUCACAGUCAAAGAGAGCGCCGACUCAUCCGUGUCCCAGGCCACCGAGCCCUUCCAGCUGCCAGGUCCGCCUCACAAACCCAUCGUCACGGACGUGUCCAAGAACAGCGUCUCUCUGACCUGGCAGCCCAACGCCCACGAGGGAGGAGCCGCCGUCACUUCCUACAUCAUCGAGGCUUUCAGCCAAUCGGCAGGCAGCACAUGGCAAACCGUAGCCGACAUGGUCAAGAUGGAAACUCACACCAUCACCGGCCUCCUCCCCAACACCGUCUACCUGUUCAUCGUCCGAGCCGUCAACGCUUACGGCCUGAGCGACCCGAGCCCCAUCUCUGAGCCCGUCAGAACACAAGAUGUGAGUCCUACAGGUCAAGGUGUGGACCACAGGCAGGUGCAGAGGGAGCUGGGAGAGGUGGCGGUCCAGCUUCAGGAGCCCACGUUAACCGCAGCCUCCAUUAGAGUGUCCUGGACUGUGGAUCGUCAGUCUCAGUACGUCCAGGGCUACCGCCUCUUCUACCGACCCAGCGGUGGGACGUGGCUCCUCCAGGACAUCAACUCCCCCUCCGAGCGCAGCAUCGUCCUCGGCAGCCUGCUCAAAGGAACGGAAUACGAGAUCAAGAUCCGGCCCUAUUUCAACGAAUUCCAGGGCAAGGACAGCCGAACGUUACUGGUUCGAACCCCGGAGGAAGUCCCCAGCGCCCCACCCAGAGCUGUCACAGUGGCGACGGUGAAGCUAAGCAACGGCUCCAGCAUCAGCGUCUCCUGGGAGCCUCCGCCCAGCGACAUGCAGAACGGCGUCAUCCAGGAGUACAGGGUGUGGUGUGUGGGCAGCGGAGGAGGGGACAACCAGACGCGCUACUACAUCAACAAGACGGUGGACGGGAACACGCUGUCCACGGUGCUCAAAGGCCUCAUGCCGGGCGUCCUCUACCAGGUGGAAGUGGCGGCGGUGACCGGAGCCGGCGUCGGGACUCGCAGUCAGCCGGUGUCCGUCCUCUUCAAGCUGCCAGCUGAACAGCCGUCCCCGUCAGGAGGCAGCGGCGGAGGCGGCGCCGGCGACAGCGGCGAGGAGAGCAGCGUGAGCCUGGCCGAGCAGAUUACCGACGUGGUCAAGCAGCCGGCGUUCAUCGCGGGCAUCGGCGGGGCCUGCUGGGUCAUCCUCAUGGGCUUCAGCGUCUGGAUCUACUGCCGGCGCAAAAAGAGGAAGGAGCUGAGCCACUACACCGCCUCAUUCGCCUACACGCCAGCAGUUGGCUUCCCUCACGGAGAAGCAUCAGGACUCAAUGGAAGGCCCGGCGUGCUGGGAGGCAACAUAGGCAACUACCCGUGGCUGGCAGACUCUUGGCCCACCACCAACCUGGUCCACAGCGGUAAAGAGGCCGUCAACUGCUGCACCGCUAACCACGACACAGCAGAGAGAUACUACAACGAAGCCGGCAUCUCCAACUACCUGAACCAGACAGAGAAAUACAGCAUGGGCGGCUCCACCGAGGGUCCCAUCUACAGCACCAUCGACGCCACCAACGAGGACCUGCGCGGCUUCAACUACGCCCAACACGUCUCCACCACCCCCUACGCCUCCACCUCCAUCAUGCCUUUCACCAACCAGACGCAGCAGGCGCCGGCCCACGGCGGCGAGCAGCCGGACGACGGACACUGGAUCCCCCAGCCGGGUCCCUCCGGAUCUCAGUACGCUCAGCCGGACCGCUUAAAGACAGAAGCAGCUCAGCGUCCAAAGCAGAAGGCGAUGGGUAAGGCUGUCAAGACACCAUCUCUGACCUGGAUGGAGGCUCUGCCUCCGCCUCCCCCCAUCGGAGAGCUGGAACAGUGCGACCCGGACCCGCAGUCCCCAGAGCACGAAGACAUGGACAUAGGCUCGGAUGAGGAGUGGUGCCCCCCCCUCCCAGAGAGAACCUACCUGAUGGAGGGCUGCGAGGGCGGACCAUCUCCCCAGCAGAGGAACAACGCCUCGUCUCCCGCCACCUCCUACAGCCACCAAUCCACCGCCACGCUCACCCCGUCCCCACACGAGGAGACCCGAGCCCCCCACGACCAGCCCCGCCUCAGCCAGCAAGACGGCCAGCAGCUGUCACGAAGGUUACCCUGCGGUCCAGUGCCAGUUCCCCAGGCGCCGAGCCCGUCGCUCACCCAGUCCAACCCCAGCCUCUCUGGCCAACAGCAUCACGGCUCAUCAGAGGUUGGCACGCUGCAGUGCCAAAGUCCUGCCCAUCGCUGCCUCCACAGCCAGGGGCCAACUCCCAACGAAGACGACGGCAGCGCCACUACACCCGUGCAUAGUCGUCCAUCCCCGGCAGAUGCGUGCACUCCUCCCAACCAAAAAUCACGAGUGAAGAAAAAGGUCUCCAAGAGCUCAGCAUAUAGAAGAGAUAUACAAGGAGACCUGCCUCCACCCCCGGAGCCGCCCCCCGAGGAGAAGAGGUUGCAGGGCUCCCAGAGGUGCAUGGAGGCCAGCAAUGUGACAAACGGCGCUCUGUCCUCCCUGGAGAGGAGCGAAAUCAGCAGCAAUAGCCACCAGCGCAAAGGCUCGGGACAAAGACACACUGAGAGUGAGGAGAUGAUGGCGUACAGCAGUAAGGCCGGAUACCUCUCCAGGGGUCAGAUGUCCAGUAACUGUUCGACCACAGGAAGCUCCUCAUCCAGAGGAUCCACGGGCUCCAGGGGCCUCAACUCCACCCGGAAACACAACGAGGAAAUGAGAUAAGGCCAUCAGCGAGUGUGUCAGCGUACCUUCGAUGCCUCCAUCAUCCAUCUCUCCACUGUGGACACAAAGAGCUGAGCAAGAGGAAGAGUUUUCUGCUGUCAGGAUAAGCAGACUCCGUGUCAUUGCUGUGAAACACAGAACAGACUCUACAUCAUGCUUUUUUGGUAUUACUAUGAUUAUUUAUGAGCUAUCCAGUU